GGAGGAGUUGCUGUGACCGCCAUUGUUACGACCGUCAUCAUAUUUCGAAGUUUAGCGUGAAUUCGACCUAUCCAUACUCCUCGUAGCGUGUGUCGUGGCUGAGGGGGCCGUUUUUUCCGGGUGUAAUCUUCGAGAAACGUGGACCACAGACGGAUCAAUCAGCCGACGUAUUUCUCAGCGUAGCAUGUCCACGAUGAAUCCCGAGUACGAUUAUCUGUUUAAAUUGCUUCUAAUUGGAGAUUCCGGUGUUGGAAAAUCUUGUCUCCUGUUGCGCUUUGCCGAUGACACAUACACAGAAAGUUACAUCAGUACCAUUGGUGUAGACUUUAAGAUUCGAACUAUCGAUUUGGAUGGAAAGACGAUAAAAUUGCAAAUCUGGGAUACGGCAGGUCAAGAACGAUUUAGAACAAUCACAAGUUCUUAUUAUCGAGGUGCACAUGGUAUUAUUGUUGUUUACGACUGUACGGAUCAAGAGACUUUUAACAAUGUAAAACAGUGGUUGGAAGAGAUUGACCGUUACGCCUGUGAUAAUGUCAAUAAGCUGCUAGUCGGCAAUAAAUGUGAUCUGCAUACUAAAAAAGUGGUAGAUUAUACAACGGCCAAGGAAUAUGCCGAUCAGCUCGGUAUACCAUUUCUGGAAACGUCGGCGAAAAACGCGAUGAAUGUAGAGCAAGCUUUUAUGACAAUGGCCGCUGAAAUAAAACUUAGAGUGGGUCCGCCAUCGAGUGGCGCGAGCGAUCCAGCUAACAAGGUGAAGAUAGAACACGGACGUCCAAUCGAAUCUUCUAAAUCAGGAUGUUGCUGAGAAUUGUAAUCUCGUGUUAAACCAAAACAUCUAAUGUGGUUGCAGUCCAGAUACUGCAAAAUUAAACUUACUACUGCAAGUAUAAGAACGUACAUGGAAGUUUUAGUUUACAUCAACAACAAAAGAAGGGAAAAAAUUUAACACACAUCAUGGACCACCAACUCUUCCUCAGAGUUAUACGAAGCUCUUGUCCGCCUGCCCUAAAAAUUCGUUUUUGUAGUUAAUUUUUCUUUCCAAAGAAGAAAAGACGUGGUUAAUUAACGCCAUUUUCUAGCAUAAACUUCGACUUUAGAUAAAUUGGUCGAAUUAGUAUUGAUAAUAUCGAGCGUGAGUGUAGGUGCGCGUGUAAUGGGGGGAGGGGGGCACCUUGGAUCUUGAGAGGUAAAUUGAAUAAUACUGUAUGGUGGUUAUAAUAAGCACUUUUAUUUUUCCUUUUUAGCCUAAUUGUAAUAUGUACUAUAGAGUAUGUAUUUGGCUGUACAGCCAUUUCUAUUUCUCUAUACAAUAAUCCAGAAUGUUUUCGCAAGUUUUUUGUUUUGUUCUUUAUUUUCUUUUAGAUGCGCAAAGAGUUAAGAUAUCUCUUUCCUAGUGAGAUUCCACGACAUCCUUUUCUUUUUUCUCGCUACACACCACACACACAUAGGGCAAAAAGUAUUAAUACAAAGAAAUUUUUAAAACCAUUUUUUAGAAAGUAAACAUUAAUUGCAAUUUAUUAAAUAAGUAUAAUAAAUAUAUGUACGCACGCGUACGCGCGCAUAUGUGCAUCAUAUACGCAUACACAAUAUCUUAUGUUCAUGUAACUAAAUUGCUAAUGAAUGUUUAUUUUCUAAAAGGUUUUAUAAAAUAUCUUCCUUGUACCUAUACUUUUUACACUCAUUGUAUGCAUAUACAAGGGAUGGACAAAAUAAUGUGAAUACCUAGGAAAUACACUACUUUUCUUGUUAGUAGAAAAUUAAUGAAUCUACCGGUUUUUUAAAUACAGAUUUUAUCCUUGUUUAGAAUAAAGUUGAAUAAAAAAUUCUUUAAAACUGCAAUAUUUUUUUUAUUAAUGUAACUGCUUGACUUAGAUAUCAUAGCAUUAUUAUGAGCAGUUUUGAAAAGAAAAACAAUUUUCUUCUCCAAUGUUUUUUAGAGAUUCUGCUAGCAAGAAGAAUAUAACAUUACACUGGUAACUAGUUAAGCAUUAUAUGAUCGUAUUAUAUGAUAUUUUAAACUAGGAUAAAGUCUAUCAAAGACAAAUGAUGAGCUAACUUCUUAGUAGUGAAAUAAGUAGUGUAUUUUCUGGUUUUUAUAUUUGGUAUAGGUAUAUGUAUAUAUGUAUAUGUGUGUAUGUAUGUAUAUGUGUGUGUAUGUGUGUGUGUAUGUAUAUAUAUAUUUUAGUAACUAUUUCAAUGCUAACUCAACGCAUACGCGGCGUAUUUUUACACGUGCGCACGUACAUACGUGUAUAUGUAUAUGUAUGUACGUACAAUAAAUUUAAUAGUGAAUUUAAUAGGAUGCACUAGUGCGUAUUGAUGCAUAUUAAGGCUGCCGACAUAGGCUGCGUUUCGAAAUUUACUGCUAGUACUAAAAAUCUAUACUUCAUGUUAUGUAUACUAUAGAUUUUUAGUACUGGUAGUGAAUUUUGGAAACUUAGCCAUAAUACAUAAAUCGAUGCAAGAAAAAUGUAUGUUUAAUAUAAAUCGAUGUAAAAAUAUGUGUUUAAUAUAAAUGUAUGAGAAUGGGUUAAAUUACAAAUCAAUUGCACAAUCCUUUAUUGUGCCAUAUGGUAAAAAUAUUCAUUUUAUCAUCUUGUUGGGUGCGCGCGCGCUUGUGUGUGUGUGUGUGUGUGUGUGUGCGUGCGUGCGUGCGUGCGUGCGUGCGUGCGUGCGUGCGUGCGCGUGUGUGUGUGAUAUCUGCAUUUUAUUUUUACACUUGGGCUAGAGGUAGUGUACAGUGGUUUUAAUAUGUAUCAGCAAUAGUACACCUGCAAACAUUAAUGUUUCGCCAUUUGAAGUUAACAAAGUUCCGAUUUUUGUAUACUGUAUAGAAUAUGUUACAUGCACCAUAUAAAUCCCGGAACGCAGUUAACUUCAAAUGUCCGCGUAUAUAUGAUCCAAUCAAAUUCACUAUAAAAAGUAUGCCGCUCGCGAAUAUCAAGCCAAACGUACAUACACAAUUUUUUUCAUUUUGCCAACAAACCUCGCCAUGCUCUUACAAUUUAAAUACGAUCCGAGAAUCGACGAAAACAAUCUGCGAACCAGCUUCGAUCGAGCGAAAAAGCGAGGAUAUUUUAUACGAGUUAAGAGACAUUACAGUUACAUGUAAUCCAAAUCGUAGCUUUGUAUCGUAAGAGGGAUAUUUGUGACGGGUAUACGAUAUAAUGGCAUUCGAAAAGUUACAGAUAUAGUAACUGUAAUUAUAUGAAAUACGAAUGAAUAAAGAAUUAUCUAAACAAAAA